AUGUUGUUGGAAAGUGAUGUAUCGUGGAAAGAAACUAUGGAACGGAAGGUUCAGAAAUUGGAAGAAACAAUGGCGACCAUGGCUAAUAGUAGAUCUGGACCCGAUUGUCUUCAACGAGGCGAAGAGAAUACGGAUAACAGAUAUACAAGAAAAACAACUUUCUCCGAAUCAAACCAUCGCGAUGGGCAGCAACCCUCCAACGCCGAAGAUAACCGCUGGAGAAUCGUGGUCGAUUUGGAUUCCAGUCCGGGUGCUCUUCCCGGACAAUACCUUCACCAAAUAGGAGAUACGCAAGGCAAGCCCACUGAAGAUAUCAUCUCUCGUGGUGUCAUAAGUGCUGCGAAUGCUUUGAAAUACUUUAUAGAGUAUCAAAGCCGCCUCGACCAUUUCGUCUAUCGUAUCCUAGGGAACCAUAGCACUUCGACAAUGGAAAUUGUGCGCGAAUCCUCGCCUGUCCUUAUGACAGCCGUCUGCGCAGUGGGCGCUUUGCAUGUUGCAUCUCCGGACUUUGAACCGCUAUACAAGGAAUUCGUCGCUGCCAGUGCGGGAAUGAGUUGCACCAGAAAGAACACCAUAGACGAAGUGCGAGCGCUUUGCAUCGGUGCUUUCUGGCUCAGCGACUUAUCUUGGUCAUUGGCCGGGCUUGCCGUACGGAUUGCUACUGAAAUGCAACUUCACAGGAGUUUUCCAAAAUCUAUUAAGGGUGACCGGGCUCACUAUUUUCGGGCUCGGCUAUAUUACUCGGUUUACGCGUGUGACCAUCACUUUUCCAUUCCUUACGGCCGACCGCCAAUGACGCGCGAAUGUGAGGCCGUGCGGAAUGCGCGCAGCUUUCUGGAAUGUAAAGAUGCCACCGAGGAUGACGCGCGACUGGUCAGUCAGGUCCUUCGAUGGAGUGCCUGUUCCAACAUUUAUGACACCUUCGGGGCCGACGUCGACCGUCCUCUUGUCGAAAAUGACAUUCCCCAUGUACGUUGUCUGGGAAUCACUUUGGAUACUCUCCGUGCAGAAUGGAUGGAUAGGUUCACUCGUAAUGCCCACGUUGGUAACUAUCCGCGGAAAGGAGUCGAGAUACAAUACCAUUUCGCAAAGCUUUAUCUCGGGUCGCAUGCUCUUCGGGGAGUGAGAUCCGACCAAUCGAGGUUCAACUCCGAGGGGAUAUCUUUAGAAUUAGAGGAGAUUGCUAAUUCCGCCGUCCUCUCCGCCAUAUCAAUCCUACGCGCCGUGGUUUUAGAUAAUGAGAUAGAGUCUUUCCUCAACGGAUUACCGACCUACUUUCACAUCAUGUUAGCGUUUGCGGUGGUAUUUCUACUCAAGGUCUCGACUAGCUUCUCCGGUUUCGUUCAGCUUGAUACACAGGAAACACACCGUCUGAUGAUCUCGCUGUUGACUAUCCUGAAACGAGUGUCGGCAACCAUGCAUCCACAACACCUGCUGGUCAGCAUUACGAAAGGCAUUGAGGAGGUUCUCAAUCACAGAACAGUUGUAUUUAAUGAGUUACGGGAUAGUACGACCGUUUUAAAUGUGCCAGAGUCCUGGGACCCGUUAUCAACCACUGAUGCCCCCUCGAGAGAUCUCAACCUGGUCUCUGAUGGGAUAUUCGAUCAAUAUUUUCUCAACGAAUAUGAUUUUCUGCUGGACCCGGACCAUACCUUCUGA